GGCUCCAGAGGGAGGAAAAAAAAAAAAAAGCUUCCUUCGCCCACUCCCUCCCCCUAACUCCGAUCUCCCUACUCGAGUUUCGACGCCACCAAAACCAGGAGGAAGAUAAAAAAAAAAGCCAUCAGAUCUCCGCUUCCUUCUCUCGCUCUUCUUCGUGGCUCUCUCGGCUGCUAUCCGUCUUCGUUUAAGACGAGCAUGAGGAUUAGAAAGUCCGCCUCGAAGCUUCUGGGUUCGGCGAACGCGUACGCUUCGCCGCCGGUCCGGUCAGCAUCGUCGGAAUCGUGGGACUCGCAAGCUUCUGCCGCUGCCGGGCUUCUCUGCGAGCUCAACCGCUCGCCUUGGGAUUUGAUACCCAAUCUCCACGACAGUGGCAUCAUCGCGUUCCAGGUCAGAUCUCGAUCGAUCCGCCCCCUUCUUCUUGCUAAUUAUUUCCUUCCUUUCCGUUUCUCCCUCGCCCAGCCGCUGUUAGGUUUCCCUUCACUCUAUUUCUCUUUCUGUUUGGGGAAUGCUUCAUGCCACUCAUGUAAAAAACUCUUCUUUUUUUCUUCUCCUCUUUGUUUCUUUCUAUUCGUUCUCCUCGCUUCCCUCGCUCCCCCUUAUAUCAUUCGAGUUACUGCCGCCAAUUCCAAACCCACGCAAAGAAUAAUGAGGAGGAGGAGGAAUAGUUUGGAGCAGCAAGUUCUUACUUACUAUAAUGACAGAAAGGAGGAGGAGAUGGAGGAGAGCGGGGAGAAGGAUAAAAGGAAGAAGAAGAAGAUAAGGAGGAAGAGGAAGGAGAAGGAGAUCGAGACGGGCUCUGCGACUGCUACUGAGGCCACUGUUAGCUGUAAGAAGAGCGACGGUAAGGGAUGGCGCUGCAAAAGGCCGGCGAACCUCCCCCACUCCCUCUGCCUGUACCACCUCACGCAGCUUCGAUCAUACAGUUACAGCCAUAGUAAGGUCGCCAACCCGGCAAACGGAGGCCAGUUCAGUGUUCAGAAAAAGAAGGGGGAUGCAACCGGAGACGGCGGUAACAUGUACUACUACUACUACUAUGCCGGGUUCGGACCUUGCCGGAGAAAGAGGAGAGGAGAUAAGACUGAUGAUGUUGUUAAUGGCAGUGAUGCCGCUAUCAAAGAAGAAGAAGAUGAUGAUGAGGGAAGGAAGAUUCGAAGUAUGGCGAUGAGGAUGAUGCUCCGGUGGUGGCCGGUGACGAUGAGGAAGGUGGUGAAGAUGAUGGGAGGGCCCACGGAGAUGACGACGACGACGACUCCGGAGAGGAUAGCAGUGAUGAGGAGAAGAACAGGAAUCGUAGGAAGAGAGGAAGGAAGCCCGUGAAGGCUCGCUCCCUCAAGUCUCUACUGUAGACUCUAAUUCUGAUUAUAUUUGUUGUUGUCGUUGGUGCUGCUGCUGCUGUUAGCUUGUUUUUAGUUCGGUUAGAGAUAGUUUAAUAUCUAAGUGUUCCUAAAAAAAUAAAAGCAUAGUUUAGUUUCUAAAGAUAGAUAUUGUUAUAAUGGAUUAGCCUCUUUAAGAGUUUGCAGAUUUACCA